AUGGGAGAGCUUCCCCGCGAUCUCGGGAGGGACAGUGCGGGCCAUAGGAAGCCCAGGGUCCAAAGGGGUUCAGAGGCCCGAGCUCUAGUUCAGAAUAAAUAUACAUCCAGGAAAAUUGCAGGUGGCCCAAUCAUGCCUCUAGAUACCUCCACUUACUCCAUGGCGCUCCUGCGCGUCGAUGGCCGCCGCUGGAACGAGCUCCGACGCCUGCACGCCCAAAUCCGUACCCAGGAAGCUGCCGAUGGCUCGAGCUACCUCGAGAUGGGCCACACAAAGGUCAUGUGCGUUGUUACAGGACCUGCUGAACCCCAGCGUCGCGGGGGUGCCGGCGGCCAGUCCAAGGAAGCUGCCGUUACCGUCAACCUCGUCGUCGCCGGCUUCAGCUCUGUCGACCGUAUGAAGCGAGGCCGCAACGACAAGCGAUCACAAGAACUCGAGGCUACCAUUGCCAAAGCUGUCUCGGCGAACCUUCACACACAUCUCUUCCCCCACAGCAGCAUCACCAUCUCUCUACACGUUUUGUCCCAGGACGGUUCCCUUCUGGCGGCUCUUCUGAACGCUUCGACACUAGCACUAAUCGAUGCUGGCAUUCCCAUGACCGACUACAUUGCUGCUUGCACUGCCGGCUCGACCUCUACAUACGCAGCCGCCGAUGAUGGUGCUGACCCUCUACUCGAUCUCAACACCCAGGAAGAGCAGGAGCUGCCGUACAUGACAGUGGGAACGCUGGGCCUCACGGACCGUGUUGCCGUAAUGGUGUGUGAAAGCCGUGUCCAGGUCAGCCGGUUGGAGGGUAUGCUUGCUGUUGGUGUAGAUGGAUGCAAACAGGUGCGACAGUUUAUGGACCGCGUGGUGAAGGAGAAGGGCCGUCAAAUGGUACAAGAAGGUACGGUAGAGAAAGGCACCGGGUUGGACUUGGAAAUGGAAUCAUGA